AUGGACUUCACUUCAGGCGAAGUGGAUGAUAGGACAAAGCCAUUCGAUUUCGAUGUCUCACACAGAGAUCUUAUACAUCAACAGUGUGUUGAGAAAUGCAAAAAAGAGAAUAACUUAGCAAGUACCUUAUCUCUUGCUUGUCAGGUUGCGUUUGAUCAUCAUGGUCGAAGGUUAGCGACAUGCUCUAGUGAUAUGACAUUGUCAGUGUGGGAUCGAGGUUCCGAUGGGACAUGGACGAAGGCGGCAAGUUGGAAGGUGCAUGGUGGUGCUGUUUGGCGGGUUGUGUGGGCCCAUCCCGAAUUUGGGCAGUUGCUUGCCACGUGUUCCUAUGAUCGUAGUGUUCAUAUAUGGGAAGAAAUUCGAAGUGGUCCCGGUGCAGAGGGACGCAAAGGAGCCCGUUGGGUACGGAAAGCCUAUCUAACUGAUAGUCGAGCGAAUGUUACGGACAUUGCUUUUGCGCCACGGCACCUUGGCCUUAUGUUGGCAACAGUAUCUGCACAGGGAAUAGUUCGGAUAUACGAAGCUGCUGAUGUAAUGGACCUUUCUAGAUGGUCUCUUUGCCACGAACUUCAGGCAUUCUACACGAGAUGUGGUAGUGUUGAGUGGAGCCGAUCUCGAAUCCAUCGUCCCCUUCUAGCGGUUGCUUCAGACGAUAAACGUGCCGAGAACGAUGAAAGGAUAGUGAUAUACGAGCACAAUGAAAAUUUACGAAAAUGGCAGCGUGUCGUUUCCCUCAGGCUUGAUCUCGCAUUUCCGGUUACCGAUCUUCGAUUUUCUCCAAUUGCCCUUGCCCAUUCACAUCAACUAGCAGUGGCUGCAGGAGACGUACACGUCUAUAAUAUCAAGGUAAGUAAUGAUUAUUUCAAUCUUAUAUCAUGCUGA